CCUAGUUACCAGAGUUCCUUUGUACUACUCAACUCAGCUUAACCCUCUUUUUGAUUUCUUUUCCAUGGAAGAAGAAGAUCAGAAAGAGCUCCAACUUCUUCCUACAGUUUCAAUACCUUCUUCAUCACGCAUGUCAUCACACCCAUCAAAUUCUUCUUCCUUCAGGUAUCGAUCAAUGGUGUCUGAUCAUCAUCAUCAUCAUCAUAAUCAGUUUGAAGCCCCAUCACUUGACUUACAACUAUCAAUAAGUGUAAGGCCUAUCCAGCCACCAUCCAACUGUGUUUUAAGCGGUCAAAUUUGUGAGUUUGGUGAUGUUAAUAAGUGCGAUACAAGUAGCUGUGUGGAUGUUGAGUCGUUGAAAUGGCAGGCAGCGGAGCAAAUUAGACUGGCAGCUAUUGAGAAGGCGUAUGCAGAAAGAGUUAGAGAGCUUACAAGGAGAGAGAUGGAGCUUGCACAAUCUGAGUUUGCAAGAGCAAGACAAAUGUGGGAGAGGGCAAGAGAAGAAGUGGAGAAAGCUGAAAGAAUGAAGGAGAGAGCAACUAAACAGAUAGAUUCUACGUGCAUGGAGAUCACUUGCCAGUCUUGCAGGCAAAGGUUUAGGCCCUAAUUUUAUUACUCUGAAUUAACCCUUUCAAGUUAAGUAUAUUCCAAAAUCAACUUGUUCAAUACUGAAAUUGAAAAUUUGGGGUAUUGGAUUCCUGCUGUUUGGUUCUAGUAAACAGAAGGGGGGAAAUGAAUGAUUAAGAACACAAUAAAGUUUUAAAGUGGCAUAUAUAAAAUUAUGAAUGAUUUCCCAUUUUUUUAUUGUAAAUUCUAUUGCGAUGAUCUGUAUGAUGAAUUGGCUAAUUAACCAAAUGAUGACUUACUUGAAAA